GCCGGUCAAGUUUUGUUUUUGUUUUUCUUUGCAGUGUCUGUUUGCCUGGGGGACUGACUUUCGCCUCGUCUAUGCAUUCGACCAAUAAGCUAGAGGUUUUGACUAUAGGGGAGGAGGAAACGUCGCGACAUCCCCGGUAUAACUGACAGUUUGUAUUCUUUUAUGCUGGCGUUGGAGCUACAGUAUCAAUUUGUUUGCUGGAUCUCCGGAAAAGAUAGUCAUAAUGAAAGUGGCAUCCUUUAACGUGCAAAGAUUUGGGGAAAACAAAGUGGCGGACAAAAAUACCCUUUCCACUUUAAUAAAGAUUGUGUCGCGAUAUGACAUCAUCGUUAUCCUUGAGGUGGUCGACACCAAAGGAAAGGCCAUGAAGACAUUCCUGGAAGAACUCAAUAAAGCCAAUCCAGCAAAACCCUACACGAUGAAGGUCAGCAUGAGACUGGGACGCAAAACCUACAAGGAGCAGUACAUGUUCCUCUACAGAGAAAGCAUGGUGAAGGUGAUUGACACAUACCAGUACGAGGAUAACCAGGUGGGAGAUGAGGAUGCCUUUGCCAGAGAGCCGUACAUACUGCGAUUCAGCUGCCUGAAAACAAAACUGAAGGACCUGGUUCUCAUCCCAGUGCACACAAAGCCAGAAGACACAUUUAAGGAGCUGGACGAACUCUAUGAUGUCACCAUGGUUGUCAGGGAAAAGUGGAAAACUGAUAACAUCAUGAUCCUGGGGGACUUCAACGCAGAUGGUGCCUAUCUCUCUAAGGGGAAGAUGAAAAAGAUCAGAAUCCGCAGUGAUGUCAACUUCAACUGGUUGAUUGGGGACGACGUGGACACCACUGCUAACACAGGAAAUGACAACACCUAUGACAGGAUCGUGGUUUAUGGAAAAAAGAUGCUGGAUUCCAUAGUGCCAAAUUCAGCCAUGCCGUUCAACUUUCAAGAAGCAUUUCGCCUGACUGCAGAAACGGCUUUGGACGUGAGCGACCACUACCCUGUGGAGGUAGAACUGAAGGCGGCAUAGAGAGUCAUGCAGGAGUAAAGCUGAAGCUUCGCGAGCUGGCGUGCCUGGAGAUGCGCGCGACAAGACGACCACUCAAGAUGAUUAAUGUGCCCAUAGGACAUUUCUGCUGCAUUCAUACUACAAAAAUGCAGGAUGUUUACAAUGAGUAUAGAAUCUACUGUAAUUCUCUCUAGAACUGCUCAGGAUAAACCGUUAUAAAUCUUUUUAUAAUCUUUUUAACAGUAUAUAUUUUAAAAUGUUUCUGAUGGAAAAACAUUUAGGAAUUUUUUUUUUUUUAAAGCCCUGAUUCUAGUAUUGUGAGCAUGAAAUUGUGUCAUUAAAAAAGGCAGGGCAACCAAGUUGUUUGACAGCAAUUCCUUUUUACUUACCAGAAACUUAGACUUUGGUAAGCAAUCUUAAAAAAACUUUCCAUGAAAA